UCUGCUAAAUAUCCCGAAUCCGCUUUUCGCGAGAUUCCAGCUCUUAUCGGCCGUCGACUCUCGCACCCUGUCAUUCAAGAGUAUCGGCGUCGCUAUCCUUAUCACAAAAUCUCAAGUGUAGACGCCACCGGACAACUUGUUUUUCACCUCAAUAUUGUUUAUGAUUUUAAAAGGCGCUUGCUUCUUGGAUAUUCGAAGAAUUUGAUUCGAACUCUAGAUCUUACUAUAGCUGCGUGUCAAGGUCGCGCUAUAACUGUUGCUCUAUGUGCUUCAUUUCAAGAACAUGAUGUCGUUUCUUAUGUUCACCAAUAA